AUGAAGCUCAGCAUGCUGCGGUUUCUUUGCCUCUGCCUCCUGGCGCUGCCCGCAGACUCGGCAAGCGUCCUUACGAAGGUGCUAUCCAUGCUGAAGAACAUGAAAGAGACUGGCGUAAAGGAGAAGCAAGAAGAAGCUGUACAGUAUGCUGCAUACAAGACCUGGUGUGACGGAGAGACUGCGUCAAAGACCAGAGAGGUCGGGGAGCUUUACGACCAGGUAGAGCUGCUGAAAGCGGAGGUCGAGACGGCGGAGGCGUCGAGCGGUACCUUCGCGGAGAAGCUCGAGGGCCUGACUGCCGACAUGACGAAGUGGACGGUCGAGGCAGAGAACGCCACGGCCCUGAGGAAGCAGCAGAGGAUAACUUACCAGGAAACGCACAAGGACUUCACGGAGUCGAUACAGGCGAUCAUGGGAGCCCAAAAGGCCUUGAAGGACAAGGCCGGCGCGUCGAAGGCGCUCGCACUCUUAGCGACCCUGCCCCUGCCGGCGGCAGAGGCAAAGCAGGUCACCUCCUUUCUGUCAAUGUAUCACUCUGACGAAGAGGCCCCUCAGCCUGAGGGCCUGGAUGCCUUCGAUCUCUCGACCUCCAGUAUCACGGAGAUGCUGGACAAGCUCCAUGACAAGUUCGCUGACGAGCGCAGCGAGCUGGAGAAGGAGGAAACCACGCGCAGCCACGCUCACGAACUCCUGUCUCAGAAACUGAAGACGAUGCUCAGCCAAACGAAGGCAUCCCAGCAGGAGAUGACCCAGAGCAAGGCCGCAGCGCAGCAGACCGCGGCCACAAAGAAGGCACAGGCCGAGGACACGGAGGCCUCCCUGGUCGAGGAGCAGAAGUAUCUGAAAGAAGUGCAGGCCACCUGUGAGCAAAAGGCCGCCGACUUUGCAGAGAGGAGCCACCUCCGCGAAGGGGAGUUGGAAGCCAUCGGCAAGGCGAUCGAUCUGCUGUCCAUGAAGGAGGUUGGCCUGACCCAGACCCGGCUGCAGUUCAAGGCUGGCACCGCGCUGGUGUCGCUGCGCCUUGCGCCCGAGGCCGAGGCCCGGGCGGCCAAGUACCUGCAGAAGCAGGCCGUCAAGUUCAACAGCCGGAUUCUCUCUUCGAUGGCCGCUCGCAUUGGUCUCUCCGCGGACCCCAUGGAAAAAGUCCGCAAGAUGGUCGAGGGCAUGAUCACCAGGCUGGAGGAGGAGUCCAGCGAGGACAUGGAGCACAGGGACUGGUGCGACAAAGAGAUGGGCCAGAACGAGAAGGCCCGCACGUCCCACGAGACGGAUGUGGAGGACACGCAGGCCAAGGUCGAGUCGGCGGAGAGCGAGGUAGCAAAGCUCGCAUCCGAAAUUACCGAGCUCAUCAGCCAGCUGGCCGAAAACAAGGAGAGCCUGGCGAAUCAGACGAAGGCUCGCGAGGCGGAGCAAGCCGAGAACAAGAAGACCGUUACCGAUGCCCGGGACGCCAAUAAGGCGGUGACGGAGGCGAUGUCGGUUCUCCGGGAGUACUACGCGAGCAUGAAGAAGCCCAAGGCGGCCUUGGUCCAAACUGCCAAGCUUGGGGCCGCGCCCGAGGUUUUCAAUGGUGCCUAUGCGGGCCAGGGCAGCGACAGCGUUAUUGCCAUGCUGGAGGUGGUCCAGUCUGACUAUGCCAAGCUGGAGAGCACCACAGAAGCUCAGGAAGCAUCUGCAGAGAAGGACUUCACCAACCUCAAAUCGGAAAUGGCAGUGUUGGAGGCGCAGCAAGAGAAGGACUUGGAGCACAAGAAGCUCCAGAAAGGCGAGAAGGAGCAGCUCAUAGUGAGCCUCACCUCCGACCUGUCAAACUCCAAGAAGGAGCUUCAGGCGGCGGAGGAGUACUACGAGCAGCUCAAGGACUCCUGCCUGGCGACCGGCUCCACCGCUCAGGAGCGCAAUGCACGACGGCAGGAAGAGAUUGAGUCUCUCAAGGAGGCAGGUGCCCUGGAUGUUGAAAUUGGUGAACCACUGUCACCAAAGCAGGCUCCACUCCACGAUGCCUUCGCCAACUGGGGCUACCCCUUCGAAAAGCGCAAGAAGACCGGGUUCGCUGCGAAAGCCAACUUGGUCUCCGACCCGACGAGCUACCUCUGGCGCUACCACGCCCUGCCUCCGGCUGCAUGUGGACCUCAUUCCGGCACGCCGGGCGGAGUCUCGAUCUGCCUCCCGGAGCCCAGCACAGAGGGAAGGCUUCGGUGUGAUGUCCAGUGCAUGGACAACCGGACGCCUACUGCUGACACGUUGCGGUGCGGUCACUACGGCGCCUGGGUAGGGCAGCUUCAUUGUCUGGAAGAGGAUGAUGUGCUGCCGACUCUGUGGGCAGCCGACGGGCCUCGACCACCUACGGUGAUAGAUCGUGCGGUUGGUGGCUGCGGUAUUGCCUCUGUCCCGGAGAGCGUUCGUGACGAUGCUGCCAAGCCGGAGAAAGCCAAGAGGAUCAGCGGAUACAAUCUCUUCUGCAAGGAGACGGGCACCGGGGUUAAGCAGGCUUCCGCGGCCUGGAGCUCGCUCGGCGAGUCGGAGAAGGAAGAGUGGCACGCAAAGGCCCGGGCAAUGAAUGGCCAGAAUCCGGACACGGAGGAGGCCCCUCCUCCGGCAUCUACUGGGCCGCCAAGAAAGCGACACGUGGCAGACGAUGAUGAUUCUGACAAUGAGGAGGAUGACGAGAGGCCUCCAAGCUCGAAGCAGGCCGCAGGUAACAGUGCUGUGCUCGGCAAGCUUCGGAAGCUGGUGUCCAGAGUCACGACAGGUCCUGAGGUGAUGCAACAGAAGAGUGCAAAGGCCGAUCCCGAGGAUGAGGACGAAGAGGCGGAGAUGGACGAUGCGCGGAGCAAUGUGCCCACAGAGGUAUCACCACACUCUCCGCAGGCGUCGCCUCAGGGCCGCCGGGGUGCGGUCUCGGCCAGCAUGCAAGACUUCCUGGAGGCCCAUAGUGUGCUCCUGGUCAGCGAUGACGGAUUUGGCAAGCGGGUCCGUCUCUCGGACAUCAAGCUCGCAUCUCGAAACAAGACGGGGAAGAAGGUCAAGCUUCAGGGAGACGGGAACGUGGUGGCAGUGUGUGUCGUCCCCAGCGAUGAACUUCCUCAGCUUCCUCCCAAGCCUCGGGAAGCAGCCGUCUUGUACAAGGAGUCCUGCGCAAAAGUCCGCGCGGAGGCGGUGCAGGAAGCCGCAGCCAGAGGUGAGGAUCCAGAGCCGGAGAAGGAGGAGGCCCCUUUUGAGAGCCUCAGUGCCAAAAAGCAGAAGCCGUACUUUGAUCAGCAGCAACGAGAUCAGCAGCACUUCGAGGCCGCACAGAAAGAGCGCCUGGAGGCCGAGAAGACGCUGAGACCGAAGCUGGGCGAGGUGCUGCUCUGCACCUCAGGUGGCUCGGUGCUGCGUUUGCCGGUGAUGCGCAUCCGGGUGAUGAAGCCCAUGAAGCGGAGCCAGGGGCGACUGAUGAAAGUGCAAAGUCCCGACGCACUGGUUUCAGCCUCACUGAUGUCAUCAGUUGACGAUGAGAAGGAUGGUGCGACUGUCGGUGAAGAGCAAAAGCAAGAUGGGGUACAGGAGGUGGAGGAGGACGAGGGCGAGGAGGAAGAGGAAGAAGAAGAAGAUGAGGAGUAG